CUUCCGAUGGGAGGUAUAUAAUUACACGUGUAUUCAAACCGGCGCGCAGAAAAAUGUCAGAAAGUGCAGCAAGUUUCACCAUUCCGUGUCAUGACAUUGUUAGUGUCGUAGAAUUCGUGCCGUUCGAGUGGUGCACGAAUCUAUUAGCUGUUGGUGCAAGUUCAAGAGUCACCAUUUACAGCGUAGACUUCAAGGAUGAAGCUGAGGAUGGUGAUCAAUUCGUGUUUAAACAAGUGCGGGAUUUUCAAAAUGGGUGUAGAGUGACCGCUAUAUCAUGGAGCCCAGAAACAUCGUAUCAGUCUCGGGAAGUGGCAGACUGUUUAAGAUUUGCUGUUGCUGGAUCCAACAACAGAAUUCAACUUUUUGAGUCAGAUUUACGUGGGAAAGACACUCUAGAGUUGCUAGAGGGCCACACUGACUUUAUCAACUCUGUGGCCUACAACCCCCAGAGUGGAGAGACUCUGGCCUCGACUGGUGAUGACUUGACCUGUAGGCUGUGGGUCGGGGAUGAACUCAAUGCCAGCUUCCAGCUCGGUGCUCCAGGAAUGUCUGUGUGUAUUCAUGAAAGAGAACCAGGCAAGGUGAUGGUGGCACAGAAAGAUGGCAUCAUAAAGAUAUUUAGUAUGGACCUACAACUCCAGAUCAUGUCUCUGGAUUGUUGCCAGUCUCCACUGAUGAGUGCCGACUGGAGCAGGCUAGACGACGAUGUCAUUUGUGCGGUGGCUGGUACAGAGUGGCUUAUCUUCUAUCUAUCAAGAUCUAGUCAGCCGCAGGAAAGACGUCAAGCCCACCCUGAAGGGGCACGGGACAUUCGGUGGGCAAAGUCCACACCCAUACUUUUGGCCACCACAGGACGACCAGGACGACAGAUCAAGGUGUUUAGCACAAGGCACCAUCAGGUUCCCUUGAGUACGAGCCAACAAGUGGCCUAUGGGAUGAGUUGGCACUACACCUACCCAGUACUGGCUGUGGGAGGGGAUCAGAAAGUGAACCUAUACCAUAUAGAGCCUACCAAGGCACAGAUGGGCUGACCGAAACCUUACAGCAAGGAUAAGCAGAGCUUGAUAAAGAUUGGUGACCGGGAACCUGAUCGGACACAAGUCAGCUUAAAUAGUGUCUUCAAUUGUUGAAUUUGGCGGAUAAUUGAGGCCUUUUGGGCACUAUCAGACUGGAAAAGCUACCCGAAGUAUGGACAAAAACAAAUACACAGUUGCAUCAUAUUCCAAAAAUUGUUGUGGAAUUGGUGGCAAAUAAUAUGCAGAAGUCACUGUUAAUGGUAUAAUUCAGACAUCCCAGCAAGUAUAUUGAACAGACAAGUUUUAGUCGGUGAGGGUUAUAGCUUAACAGACAGUGAGACAGGUAUUCCAUCCCACAGUGGACAACAGGUGGUAUUUCAUAAUAUUAUUAUAAAUAUGUAUGUUUUCUGAUGUAGUGGAGUUCAACUACAGUGCAAUAACUAAUGUCCAAUAUAGUUGGUCAGAACUGUAAUAUGUGACCAAGUUCAGUAUAUUGUACUUUGUAAGGAGACUGAAGGGAAUAAGUUUAUCCUUUCUUUUCAAGGCUGCAUACCAGAACAAUUGUAUAUCAAUCUCAGUGAAUCGUGCCUUGUUAUACAGCAGUAGUAUUAUGUACUCGUCUUACAAUGGAAUAUUGUGACUAUAGCUACCAAUACCUGCAGUUACACAAAUUGUAACAUUGCUGUCAGUUAUUUAUAUGUGACAUUACUACUGAUGCCCUUACAAAUGUAUCAACACUGACAAUUCAAUGAAUAAAUGUAAAAGUUAAUUUAUAUUUAUAUACUGUAUU